ACUAAGAGUAGAAACAGUGUCACACAGUCUGGAAGUGAAGCCUGUUCCAGCUAUCAACUAUGGCCUUGGCCAUUGCCUCUUCUGCACUCUCGAGCUUCCCAACCAGGGAAGUGCCUUGGAAAUUUUCCCCAGGAUUAAGAGUCACAACAUGUAUGCUAGGGAGAGGUAGUACACGUGUUGGAGCAGGCAAAGGGGUGUCAAGUGUUUGUGAACCACUCCCUCCAGAUAGACCAUUGUGGUUUCCUGGUAGUUCACCUCCCGAGUGGCUUGAUGGCAGCCUUCCUGGUGAUUUUGGCUUCGACCCCCUUGGAUUAGGGUCUGAUCCAGAGUUGCUAAAAUGGUUUGCACAAGCUGAACUGAUGCAUGGCAGAUGGGCAAUGCUUGCAGUAGCAGGGAUUCUGAUCCCAGAGUGGGCUGAAAGACUAGGAUUCUUAGAAAACUUCUCAUGGUUUGAGGCAGGUGAAAGAGAAUACUUUGCAGACCCAACAACUUUGUUUGUGGUGCAAUUAGCACUAAUGGGUUGGGUUGAAGGUAGGAGAUGGGCAGAUAUGCUUAAUCCUGGGAGUGUUUCCAUUGAGCCUAAAUUGCCUCAUAAGAAAAUCCCCAAGGCAGAUGUCGGGUAUCCGGGCGGGUUAUUUUUUGACCCGAUAAUGUGGGGAAGAGGGUCUCCUGAGCCUGUGAUGGUGUUGAGAACAAAGGAGAUCAAGAAUGGACGUCUUGCAAUGUUGGCCUUUGUAGGGUUCUUGUUCCAAGCACUUUACACUGGGAAGGACCCUAUUGAGAAUUUGAUGGAUCAUAUUGCAGAUCCUGGUCAUGUUAACAUAUUUUCGGCUUUCACUUCACAAUACUAG